AUGUAUUGGAAGGGCGAUCAGAUGUUUCUAUGUAAACUUGAAGACAAGGAUAUCCCUGCAGUGCAUUCUGACAAGUUUUCAUCCCUUAUGUCGGAGGAGUGUGGGGGGAGCAGCGCUGACCAUGGGAAGGAGCCGCAAGAGCGAGGGCAGCCUGCUCCAAGGAAGUCCGGGUGCUGCUCUGGAUGAAGAUUCGUGUUCAUCAGCUCCUCUAUCCCCAGGGUCCUCAUCGUCUCCUAACUCCAUGCCAUCCUCUGGUCUUACUCAAGGAAAAGUAUCUGCAGCAGCUGUGGCAUGGAGAUUGUAGAUAAAUACCUGCUCAAGGUAAACGACUUGUGUUGGCACGUGCGCUGUCUGUCCUGUAGUGUAUGCCGGACUUCACUGGGAAGACACACAAGCUGUUAUAUCAAAGACAAAGAUAUUUUUUGCAAGCUCGAUUAUUUCAGGCGAUACGGAACGCGGUGCUCACGUUGCGGCAGGCACAUCCACUCCACGGACUGGGUGAGGCGGGCGAAGGGUAACGUCUACCACUUGGCAUGCUUUGCCUGCUAUUCCUGUAAGAGGCAGCUGUCCACAGGGGAAGAGUUUGCUCUGGUGGAGGAGAAGGUUCUGUGCCGGGUGCAUUACGAUUGCAUGUUGGAUAACCUGAAACGAGCCGUGGAGAAUGGGAACCGUGUCAGUGUGGAAGGGGCUUUGUUGACAGAGCAAGAUAUUAAUCAGCCAAAACCGGCUAAAAGGGCUCGUACCAGCUUCACAGCAGACCAGCUCCAAGUUAUGCAAGCACAGUUUGCCCAGGACAACAAUCCGGAUGCACAGACACUACAGAAAUUGUCAGAAAGGACGGGUCUAAGCAGACGCGUAAUACAGGUCUGGUUUCAGAACUGUAGAGCGCGCCACAAGAAACAUGUUAGUCCUACUCAUUCCUCAACCGCGCCAGUUACAGCCAUUCAAUCCUCAAGGCUUUCCCCACCUAUGAUGGAGGAAAUGACCUACUCUGCAUAUGUACCUCAAGAUGGGCCCAUGCUGACCGCUCUGCACAGUUACAUGGAUGCUCACUCACCGACAGCUCUUGGGCUCCCAUCAAUGCUGCCUCACUCCAUGGCGCAACUACCUAUAAGUCACGCAUAA